GGACGUGUUGUCGGUGUGCGCGUGAUUUAAGAGAGCCGCAGUGUUACUUUUAUACGAGAGAGAGAAAGAGAGAGAGAGAGGCAAAAGCCCGAUCUCUUGCUCGCAAAGUCGGAAAAAAGUUUUACCAAUCAAGUUUUUUAUUUCGCAAUAAUGUAUUACAUAUAACAAAACUUCAACCUAGUUAAAAGUUACUGUUGUUGUUGUGAACUUUUUGUAUGUGUGCGGUACACACACAUGCAUAUGGAUUGCCAUCAGUAUGUGCAUGUGUUGUUUGUGGCAUUAGCAAAAGCUAAUAAAGCUGUGAACUGUACGUGCGUUGCUUAAAAACAAGAUCCAAUUCAAAAGAGAAAUUAAAUCUACUCUGCUACUAUCAAACUGUGUUUGAAAAUCUCGAACAAAUAUGAUAAACAAAAACAGAAACAGUUGCCUUAUAUAUAUGAACGUGUGUAGAUGUUGAAACUGAAAGUUACAAUUAAUAAAUAUAUACAAUUUAUAAACAUACAUUGUACAUUUCUACAUGUGUUAAUUCUGUCGUUCAAUGCAAAAGGAAUAGAACGCGUAAUUCACACAACACAUACACGUUCAGGUAUAUGUUUGUCUGUGUGUGCAUACACAAACUUUAACCAGAGACUGUGAAAGUGGAAAGCUCUACUGAGUCGCAUACAUGUAUGUAUGAAUGUGUAUGAAUACAUAAAUAUAUGUAUGUAUGUGCAGAAAACUACUAUAUUUACAUGUAUGCAUGUACGUAUAUGCCUUACAUACAUACAUAUUCAGAAAGUCUACAGAAGAUUUUCCAUCUAUUUGUGAAAGGGAGUAAUUGCUACAAGAUUUAAUGAAAGAGUUUCAAAGAAUGUUGAUGUUGCAAUACAGCAAGCAUGGUGAGUGCAUCCUCAAAGAAAUCGGAGCAGCUUUCAGAGGGGAGCAUCCAGCAGACUUAACUAUCGUGUGUGAAAACAAGGUGAAGCUACAUGCGCACAAAUUGGUACUCGCUGCUGCCAGUCCACUUAUAAGGAAUUUAUUGGAGGAUACUCAUCUGAGUGAUUGCACGACAACCGUCUAUUUUCCGGACGUCAAUGCCACGUAUUUUAAAUUCCUUUUGGAUUUUUUGUAUUCCGGCCAAACGUGUAUAACGUCGCGGGACGUCAAUUAUCUGCACGAUUUGUUGCUGUUGCUGCAAAUUAAGUCGGACAGUUGGAAGACAACAGAUUCUGCCUAUCUGAGCAAUAAAUGCUCCAGCAUACGUGAGAGACCGCGGAAGCAGUACUCGUCCUCGCAAACUUUAGACCAAUCCUUUAAAUAUGAAGUCGAGAGUGUGGACGAGACGAGAAAUACCGCAGACUUUUCCUCGUUCUCAGCUGAAAACUGCGAGAGCACGAUCGAGUGUUCGCAUAAGGAAAACGAUGAUGACGACUGCGCCAACAAGGACAAUAAGAGCGAUAAAGACACUGAUGAAAUUGUAAAUCUUUCGGACAUUCCAGCGGGUGGACUUGCCAACAGCAGCAGCAGCAGCAGCAAUAACAAUAAUAAUAACUCAACAAUAAACCCUGUAAACUUAUCACUUGAUCUUCGAACGAAAGGUGACAAUUCGGCACGCAAUGAUAGUAAAAAUUUUCUGUUAAAACAAAAUAAUGUCGAUACAAUCAGCGCACAUGAAAGCACAAAGCGAAAAGGACUAUUUUUUGACGCACACAAAGAUGUUAUGAAACCGCUCUCUGAUGGAUCCGAUAUAAAUAGUUCGCCCGAGAACUACGUUGUGACGCCCCAUCGGAAACGUCGGCCCGGCUUUCACAAUACGCAGAGCGAUAACCAACCCUUCACAACGUAUCAGCACAAUCUAUUAGAAGAAUUGCGUUUGGUAAAGUCGACAACAUCACCCAUAUCCGGAUUGGCCUCGGAGAAGAACAUAUUAUCACAACUUGAGGAUGGGACACUUAAUACGGAGACUAUGACGCCGGAAAGGAAACUGCUUGAGGCACAGCGAAAUCGAGUACAAAGCCCGGAGCUGCAUCAGAUGCAUCUGGGGCAACAGUUUGUAUAUCAAUGGCAAUCCAAUCAGAACGCAGCCCUUUCUUCAAUGCCCAAUUUGCAGUCGCGACUGUCAAGUUUAUCGCACAUAAACCUAAAUCUGGACCCAGACGGUCGCAACAACAGUGCUACUUCCGUGUCCAAUAUCUCCGCGAACAAUUCGCACUCAUCGUCGGUGCGUGAGUAUCGAUGCGAAUACUGUGGCAAACAGUUUGGCAUGUCGUGGAACCUCAAGACACAUCUCCGCGUCCACACUGGCGAGAAGCCGUUUGCCUGCCGCCUCUGCGUGGCCAUGUUCAAGCAAAAGGCGCACCUUCUUAAGCACCUGUGCUCCGUUCAUAGAAAUGUAAUAACCACAACAAAUGGCACGGACACAGAGAAUCGAUACAGCUGCUGUUUCUGUUCGAUGUGCUUUGAGUCCGUGCAGGAGCUGGUUCGCCAUUUGUCUGGGCACCACAACAACCUUCUGCUCACCAAGAAUCUUCGGGAAUAAUCUGAAAAAGGAUCUGUUCGAUUGGCUGGCUGCCCGUUAACGCUAAUCGAAUAAGUAAUUGCAAAGAGACCUGAAUUUUAUAAUUAUAAACUUACGGUAACAGUAACAAUUAACAAGAGCUAAAGAAAAAUAAAAAAAAAAAAAGCUUAGCUCUUGUAUAAUAAUAUGUAAAAUGUACAUUUAAAAACACAUAACUUUAUUCACACAUUCAAUUGUUUUUACUCAAUCAUUUCAUCGGCGAUAGAACCGUGUGACAGUCAGAAGUGCGAGCACUGCCUAUUGGCUUUUAAUUUAAGUCGGAUUUGACUAUGUACUAGAUGCAAUUAACAUCCGAAACUGAAAUUGAAACCGAAAUUAAAACCGAAACCGAACGGUCGCCUUCUUUUAGCCGCCGGCUGGUCCAUUUGUGUGGAACAUUUAGGUUCUAAGCAUAUUUUUAUUCAGAAGGUAUUGUAAUUUGUAUUGUAUUUUCUACUUGAUUCACAUUUUACUUUUGAUUAACAUUUUUUUAUACAACACUCCUGCAUACAUUUUAUAUGUAGUUUCAAUUUUUUAAAA